AUGGACAAAACAUAUCAGUGGAUAUUGGCAAAAAGGAAACACAGUAACAGAUCUCACCAUGGCCAAAAUAUACAGAAGGUGAUGGUGCAGCCCAUCAACCUGAUCUUCAGAUACUUGCAGAAUAGAACUUGGAUAGAGUGUUGUGUUAUUGGUUUUGAUGAGUACAUGAACCUCGUUUUAGGUGAUACAGAGGAAAUUCAUUCUAAAACAAUGUCAAGAAAACAACUGGACCAGAUCAUGCUGAAAAGAGAUAAUAUUACCUUGCUACAAAAUGUUUCCAACUAG